AUGCCAGUAUGCGUCGUUUUCUUCAGAUGCCUCGAAGUUUUUAUUGGUUCAAUGUCACUCCUGCUAAACGUUUACUUUAUCCGCGAGAUCAGAAGAGGCUAUGUGCAUCCAAAUCUGCGUGCAAUUUUGACGAUUCGCUCUUCGCUACUCGUCAUUGGGGAUUUCUCCAAUAUUUCCGAUCGAAUUUUAGUGAACUGGCUGGAAGUGAAAUUGUGGGAUUUUGAAGUGUGGAUCGACUACGUUAAAGUAAGUUGCAGACUCUUUGGUGCUUUCGAUGUCAGCAGUAUUUGUUAGAGGAGUUUUCAAGGUUGUUUUGACCUCUGAUUUGUUACACUGUUUUUUUUGCAAAUUUCCAAGCGAUAUGGGCAAAAGGAAUUCUUUCUCGAAAAGUACUAUUAAGAAAGUAAUUGGCCUAGACAAAUCUUACGUGCGAAUACUUGUAGUUUGAGAAAUACUUAAAAGAUCAGGGUUGUUGUCUUUUCGCAGAGUUCCACUUUACAGAGAGAGCGAAACCUAUAUUGUAAUAUACUCUCCUUUCCCGUAGGGUUCUUUUUUUAACCGAGAACAUAAUUAUUUUAUGCUUUAAGUGCGUUUUGACAAAAGAAAAUGCUUAAAAGAAAAUAAAUUAAAUUUCAGUACACCUUGUUGUACGCAAAUUUUCUAUCGGAACUGCCGAUUUGUGUGGAGAGAGUCACUGCCACAAUAUGCUCAAGGACUUAUGAAAGAAAGAAGUGCAAUCUGAGCUUCUUUAUCGCGGCAUUCUUUAUUUGUCAGGUGAGUCUUCAUUACAAUAAUUCCCUUGUGAAUUUUAUGCCGAAAUACACAGGCACACAUUGGUUUUAUUCCUACCGCAAGAUGACUUUGGACAGCCCUGAUUGGUUGCUUCAAUGAACUUGUCGUUGACGUGCAAUAUAUACAAUUUACCCUUUUGUCUUUGUUUGCCAGUUAUGUUAUGUGUUUAAGGCCUUUAAUUUCCGCUCAACUAAUUGAACUAAUUGCAGAUGUCCGUGUCUAUUUUUAUUGCAUAUGCUUCAAUGAAUAUGUAUGAAAGGGACUACUAUUUAUACUACAAAAUACGAAAAGGCAUGGAGUUGCCAGCAGCGAUCGCUUUGUGUUAUCUUUUUGGGACGGUUUUUUUGAAUAUGUCGACUUUCUGUGUAAGUCAAAAUACUUUGUAAAUGAGGUCUUUUCGUUCUAGAUAUUCCUCUUUCUCCAUUGGUACAACUCUCAGCAAUACAAGAAAACCGUCAAACUGGGGCACACCCUGAGUUAUCGGUAUCAACUUCACGAAAAUGUUUUAAUAAAUAAGCUCUUGUUACCGUGGAGCAGCGCAAUUUUUGGAUUGUAAGUUUUGCACCGUUUAUCCAAAUGUUUCAUUUUAGUUCUUUGUUUUCUCAAGGUUAUUACAUUAGUGUUAUUUCGGGUUGGAUCUCAACAUACCUCGCAGAAGAAUUGCAUUUCUACCUCGGCUCCGUUUAUACCCUCUCCAAUUUGACUCCACCGCUCCUUAUGAUACUGUAAGUUUAAUUAUUUGCUACGGCCGGGAUAGGUUCCUUGUGGGCUCAUUGAAAAAGCUAUGGUAACGAACUGACAAUGUUUAUGCCACAACUUACAAAAAAAUAUGAAAUUGUAUUCAAUUUUCAACCCUAAAAUCUUGGUGGUUUCUUUAAACCGCAAGCUACCAGCACAUGUCACAAAAAGAAAUUGUGUGUUGUAAAUACAAAGUUAUAUAAGAAUAUGAGCUUUGUACCUUUACCACUUAACCUUUAUAUUGAGAACAAUUAAAUUGCCUCAAGUGAAGCGACAUUUGAAUUUUAGAUGCUACGAGCGGUUGCGAAAACGUCUGUUCUCAGCAAUGCGGAUUCGUCGUUGCAAAUCAUCCGUUAAUCCGACAGACGUUUACAAACCAACAAUCAACAAGAAUUCAUUUGCGGUCGGGGAGAGAUACUUUGAUAUCUUGGCAAAGGCAUGGGACAAACGUGAUCCGCGAUGA